AUGCAGCCCGGGCCUGAAAAAGAGCCCCAACUGGACACCCACAGCGCCGUGGACUAUCACUGGCGGGUGUGGCAGCUGACCGGCCUGAUCCGUCCGGCAGGCAUCUCGAAACGCCUCUACCGGACCUACUCGAUCGGGCUGAACCUGAUGGUCACUCUGCUCUUUCCUCUGAGCCUGCUGGCCCGGCUCAUCCUCACGCACAGCAUGAAGGAGCUGUGCGAGAACCUGACCAUCACCAUCACGGACAUAGCGGCCAACCUGAAGUUCGGGAACGUGUUCCUGGUGCGCCACCACCUGCGCGAGAUCCGCUCGCUGAUCCAGCAACUGGACUGCCGGGCCCAGGCGAUCGGCAAUCGCGACGAGCUGUGCACCCUCCUUCAGGCCGUAAGGACGGCCCGGAACACAUUCCGCACCUUUGCAUGGAUCUUCGUGUGCGGCACCUCGCUCAGCUGCGUCCGAGUGGCCCUCGCCAGGAGCCGCCAGUUGCUCUACCCGGCAUGGUUCGGGGUGGACUGGAGCGACUCGGACGAGGCGUAUGUGGGGAUCUACGUGUACCAGCUGUUCGCCCUGAUCGUGCAGGCGGUGCAGAACUGCGCCAACGACUCGUAUCCGCCGGCCUACCUCUGCCUGCUCACCGGCCACAUGAGGGCCUUGGAGGUGAGGGUGGGCCGGAUCGGCUGCGGAUGCCGGACCGAUCGCCAGAGCUACGAUCAGCUGCUAGGCUGCAUCCAGGACCUGACGCUCAUCCACCGGAUGCACACCAUCAUCCAGCAAAUCCUGUCCGUGCCCUGCAUGGCCCAGUUCGCGUGCUCCGUCGUCGUCCAGUGCACGGUGGCCAUGCACUUUCUGUACGUUGCCGAUGCCGACGACCGGCUGGCCAUGAUCCUCUCGGUCAUCUUCUUCGUGGCCGUCACCCUGGAGGUGUUCGUCAUCUGCUACUUCGGCGACCAGAUGCGCACGCAGAGCGAGGCCCUCUGCCACGCCUUCUACGCGUGCAACUGGGUCGAGCAGCUGCCCCGCUUCAGGCGCGACCUCCUCUUCACCCUGGCCCGGGCCCAGCGACCAUCGCUGAUACUCGCCGGCAGCUACAUCCCCCUCACCCUGGAGACCUUUAAGAGGGUCAUGCACUUUGCCUACUCCACAUUCACACUCCUGCUGAGGUCCAAGUGAGGAUGCGACAACUGGAAGGGAUCAAGGGAGAACACACCGGAGAGGGCACAAUCCUCUUCUAUAAUUAUCCUCAAUAUACACACAUAUUUCCAAUCCUCCAUCCGGCAAGUGGCAGAGUUGAGAGCAACAAUUUAGGGCAGUUUCCAAGCAGUUUUGAAAAUACAAAUUGUAGCACCUAGCGGUAUAUACUUUAUUUAUUUACAAAACUGUAGCCUUGUA